GCCUUCUUUCUUUCCAUUUCCCUUGUCUUCUUUAUUUCUAGUCGCGGCGAUGGCGGGAGCGAGGGAGAAGAACAUGUACAUGGCGAAGCUCGCCGAGGAGGCGAAUCGGUACGACGAGAUGGUGGAGUUUAUGGAGAAGGUGGUGGUGGCGGCGGCGGCGGAGGGGAAGGAGCUUACCCUGGAGGAGCGCGACCUCCUCUUGGUGGCCUACAAGACGAUCGUCAACGGCCGCCGGAACUCGCGGAAGAUUGUGUCGUCGACCGAGCAGGAGGAGAGCCGCGGCAACGAGGACUAUGCCACGGACAUCCGCGACUUGCGUGCCAAGAUCGAGGAGGACCUCACUAGCAGAUGCGCCGGGAUUCUCAGGCUGCUGGACGCAAGCCUCAUUCCUUCCGCUUCCGCCGCCCAUUCCAAGGUAUUCUACAACAAGAUGAAGGGCGACUUCCACCGCUAUCUCGCAGAGUUCCAGACCGGCUCCGAAAGGGAGGACGCUGCGAAGAGUGCUCUCGCCGCCUACAAGUCUGCACAGGUCUCGAGUCUUUUUCUGGUUCUGUUCGGGCUCCGAUCCGAUCUGGCGAUCCGCUACGUUUGCUAGGAUUAGGGUUUCGGAAUAGAGAUCCACUUGUUUAAUCUCAUGAUAUUGCGUUGGCGGAGCUGGCAUGGUCGCACCCGAUCCGGUUGAAUUUGUGCCUUGACUUCUCGGUGUUUUACUAUAGGAUCUUGGACUCCCCGGGCCAGGCACGCACUCUCGC